AUGGAUGUGGAUAAAUGGAUGGAUGUGGAUGAAUGGGUAGAUGUGGAUAAAUGGAUGGAUGUGGAUAAAUGGAUGGAUGUGGAUAAAUGGGUAGAUGUGUAUAAGUGGAUGGAUGUGGAUAAAUGGGUAGAUGUGUAUAAGUGGACGGAUGUGGAUAAAUGGGUAGAUGUGGAUAAAUGGAUGGAUGCGGAUAAAUGGAUGGAUGUGGAUAAAUGGGUAAAUGUGGAUAAAUGUGGAUGA